AUGGCAAAGCUCACAAUCCUAGCAUUCACCCUCCUGGCACUCCUAUCCCUCUCCAAGGCGUCCACCAUCACCACCACCACCGUCACCCUCGACGAGGAAGAGAACCCGAGGGGUCAGCAGAGCUGCCGUGAGCAGAUCCAGAGGCAGCGGGAGCAGCUCCGCCACUGCGCGCAAUACUUGUCGUCGCAAAGGCGCCCGUACGACGAGGAGCCACUGAGGAUGGUGACAAACCAGCAGCAACAACAGCAGCAGGAACUGAGGCAAUGCUGCAAUCAGUUGGAGAACAUGGACGAGCAGUGCCGAUGCGAGGCGAUAAGGCAGGUGUUGAGGCGCCAGCAAGAGAGAGGAGAGUUGGAGGGUGAGGAGAUGCAACAGGUGGCUCAGAGGGCUAGGAGCCUUCCUUCCAGGUGCAAUUUGCGUCCUCAGCAAUGCCAAAUCCGAGUUGUGUUGUUCUGA